CGGUUCUGAGUGAGUGUGCGAGUGAUAGCGGUUGAGGAUUUCCUUCCUGGCGCGCAAGUCCUGCCCCAGCUGCCUUGGGAAAUAGACAGUCUUUUUUGCGAAAAAAAAGGAAGAAGAUUUGUAUUAUCUCCAAGGAUACUCGCAAGUGAAAGUGAAGUGAGCAAAAGUUUAAGGAAGCUGUGCUCAUCAGUUGAAAAGUGAAAAGUAGUUAAAUCAAAUUAAAAAAAGUCAGAAAAAACAGUCGCAAAAUGAAAUCAUUCGCCGCUAUACUGCUGAUCGGAGUCAUUCUAAGGAUAGACACCAUCGAUGCAAAAUUGCCUCCCUCAAUCCACGUGUGCAAACGCAACGAUCCCGACCUGAACAAGUGCAUCGUCGAGUCGGUGAACGCGCUGCGGCCGCUGCUGGCCACCGGCAAGAUCUCCGACGACUUUUCGAUCCCGCCGCUGGAACCGCUGGCCCUGUCCACCGUCAACAUGGACCGCGGCUCGGAGUUUAAGGCGACCUUUAGCGAGCUGCUCGUAAGCGGACCGAGCAAGUUCCAGGUGGACAAUCUGAAAGUAAAUAUUGACAAACUAACCUUCGACUUCAACAUCUACCUGCCGAAGCUCUCCUUCCGCGGAAAGUACGAUCUGAAGAUCCGUCUGCUGCUGCUGAACAUUGCCGGCGUCGGCGAUCUGAAGGGUGUCUUGGAAAACUCCCGCGCACGUGUCAAGCUGUACUGCGAGCGGUACGACCGGGACGGCCAGCAGUACAUGCGCGUCAAGCGGCUCGCCGUCAAGAUCCAGAUCGAGAAGGGUCAGUUCGACAUGAAGGACCUGUUCAACGGCGACCCGGUGCUGAGCCAGGUGGGCAACCAGUUCAUCAACGACAACUCGCGCCUCUUCCUGGACGAGCUGACGCCGGGAUUGGAGCGGAGCCUGUCCGAGACGUUUAAGAAUACUGCGAAUGAGAUCCUGCAGUUGGCAACGCUCGACGACAUGUUCCCGGCGGCGUAGAGCUUAUUUGUUGUACCUUAAGUCCAGAAAAACCAAAAAUGCACCCCAUUUACUACUUUCUUUUUAUCGACACCCAGAUUAGUUUAGUAAAGUGCUCUGUUGAACUUUGUCUCUUCCUGGUCUUAUCGAUACGUAACUGGAACACCUUGUUGUCUGUGAUGAAUUGUUUGUAUUAAUUGUGUAACCUCGAUCAAACUAGCAUGUAAGCAAAACUCGGAAAUGUCCUGUAACACUACGAUUUAAAAAACACGUUUUUGUACAAAGCGGAAGUCACUAAUAAAGAUGGUAAUAAUUACGAA